GUGCGCGCCGCCGGAUCGGUGGCUGAGAGAGCGUGAGAGACAGAGCGGAGGGUGACACAAGAGAGUGACAGGAACUAGAGACAUGACUUCCUCUGGGACACACGUGGAUUCCAAAGCGGAGCUGACAGCACUGCUGGAGCAAUGGGAGAGUGGGCAUGGUAGCGGGCAGGACAUGAUGCCUACAUUAACCAGGAUGUCUGAGCUGAUUGAAAAGGAAACAGAGGAGUACCGUAAGGGUGACCCCGACCCUUUUGAUGACAGACACCCUGGGCGUGCAAACCCAGAGUGCAUGCUGGGACACCUAUUACGCAUCCUUUUUAAAAAUGACGACUUCAUGAAUGCGCUGGUGAAUGCAUACGUCAUGACAAGCCGAGAGCCUCCUCUAAACAACGCUGCAUGUCGUCUCCUCCUAGACAUCAUGCCAGGGCUGGAAACCGCUGUUGUGUUCCAGGAGAAGGAGGGAAUUGUGGAGAACCUCUUUAAGUGGGCACGGGAAGCUGAUCAGCCACUGCGUACCUAUUCUAUAGGGCUACUUGGAGGGGCAAUGGAAAACCAAGACAUUGCGGCAAACUACAGGGAUGAAAACUCACAGAUGGUGGCUUUGGUUCUUCGUAGGUUGCGAGAGCUGCAAUCUCAGGAUGCCACAUGUAAACUAGAAACAAAGCGCCAAAGUCCACGCAAACCUCUUGGCGAUCCCCUUCUUCCUCUAGAUGAAGAAGCAGUGGACAUGGACUACGGGGAAACUCCAUUGGAUACAGGGCCCCAAGAUGCACAGAUAAAACUGUCCUUUCACUUGGAAACCACCCCAAUGUCAGGGGCUGUGAUAAACUCUGUGGGGAGCAGCUUCUCACGCAGGACAAAACCGGAUGCAGAUCCUCACCGCAAAAUAAAGCACAAGCUUAGUUUCGCUGACACAGAGCGAGCAACUAGUGAGUUAUCCAACAGCAGCUGGUCAGAGAUGUCUGUAUGGGUCAUUGGCACAAAUUACAGCCUUUUCCCUUUAACACCAGCGAUUGAGCAAAGGCUGAUUCUCCAGUAUCUCACCCCACUUGGAGAGUAUCAGGAGCUGCUCCCCAUCUUUAUGCAAAUGGGUUCCCGCGAACUAAUGAUGUAUUACAUUGAUCUAAAGCGUACCAAUGACGUACUGCUCACCUUCGAAGCCCUCAAGCACCUGGCCUCUCUUCUCCUUCACAACAAGUUUGCAGCAGAGUUUGUUGCUCAUGGAGGUGUCCAGAAGUUGCUGGAGAUUCCUCGGCCUUCUAUGGCGGCCACUGGAGUGUCUAUGUGUUUAUACUAUUUGUCCUACAAUCAGGAUGCAAUGGAGAGGGUGUGCAUGCACCCACAAAAGGUACUGGCGGACGUGGUGAGCUACACGCUCUGGCUAAUGGAGUGUUCCCAUGCCUCUGGCUGCUGUCAUGCCACCAUGUUUUUUUCCAUCUGCUUCUCCUUCAGAGCGGUGCUAGAACUGUUUGACAGUCAGGACGGACUUCGUCGGCUUGUUAACCUGAUCAGCACCUUGGAGAUUUUAAACCUUGAGGAUCAGGGAGCUCUGCUUAGUGAUGACGAGAUCUUUGCGAGUCGCCAGACAGGGAAGCAUACCUGUAUGGCAUUGCGCAGAUACUUUGAGGCACAUCUCGCUAUCAAGGUGGAGCAUGUCAAGCAAUCUCUGCAGCGCACUGAGGGGGGACUCCCCAUUCACCCCCAGCCACCUUUCAAGUCCUGCACAUACACUCGGGAGCAGAUUGUAGAGAUGAUGGAGUACCUGAUUGAGUUUGGUCCAUCUCAGCUCUACUGGGAGCCUGCUGAGGUUUUUCUGAAGCUGUCCUGUGUGCAACUUCUCCUGCAGCUCAUCUCCAUUGCCUGCAGCUGGAAGACUUAUUACGCCAGGAACGAUACUGUACGCUAUGCUCUGGAUGUUCUUGCCAUUCUAACCGUGGUGCCUAAAAUCCAACUACAGCUAGCGGAACCAGUGGAUGUGCUAGAUGAAGCUGGAUCCACCGUCUCUACCGUAGGUAUGAGUAUUGUUCUGGGGGUGGCAGAAGGUGAGUUUUUCACUCAUGAUGCAGAGAUCCAGAAGUCUGCCCUACAGAUUAUUAUAAAUUGUGUUUGCGCCCCUGAAAUUCGUAUCCCCAGUAUUGGCAAAUAUGUUUCUGGGACACCGCGUCGCAGGCUCCCCGGAGCUCCUUUUCACAACCGAGGAGGCAGUGGUGAGCCCACACUCUCCAAAAUGUGGAAUGUGGUUCAGUCCAACAAUGGAAUCAAAGUCCUGUUGUCUCUCUUGUCGGUCAAGAUGCCUAUCACAGACGCAGACCAGAUCCGGGCUCUGGCUUGUAAAGCUCUGGUGGGACUGAGCCGCAGUUGUUCCGUACGUCAGAUUAUAAGUAAGCUUCCUCUGUUCAGCAGUAGCCAAAUCCAGCAACUAAUGAAGGAGCCUGUAUUACAGGACAAGAGAAGUGAGCAUGUACGUUUCUGUAAAUUUGCAGCAGAGUUGAUUGAACGAGUGUCUGGGAAACCGCUUCUUAUGGGAAGUGAUGUGUCCCUGGCGAGGCUACAGAAGGCUGAUGUGGUGGCUCAGUCUCGUAUUUCUUUUCCAGAGAAAGAACUACUUCUACUCAUACGCAACCAUCUUGUGUCCAAAGGGCUGCAGGAGACCGCAACUGCUUUAACACGGGAGGCUGACCUUCCCAUGACAGCUGCCUCACACUCCUCAUUCCUGCCAUCUGCUGCAACUCAAACAACAUCUACUUCCUCACCUGUAUCACUGCCACGUACACCACGCCUCCCAGCACGAAUAUCUAGUACCACCCUGUGCCCUCACCCCACGAACAAACCUCCAUUGCCACCUCAACUGGCCUCUCCCAAUCCAGCUCCUGUUGGCUCCCCUUUAAUAGGACGUAUCAGUUUUGUGCGAGAGCGUCAGUCACCCUGCAAUGGAAAGAGAGCACGUGUUCUUCGUCAGAAGUCAGACCAUGGUGCCUAUAGCCAGAGUCCGGCCAUCAGAAAGCAGCUAGAGCGUCACAUUCCAUCUCCUCCAACGUUGGAUGGCAUCAUGACAGAGUACUUGCGAGAACAGCAUGCCCGAUGCAAGAAUCCAGUGGCUAUUUGCCCUCCUUUCUCUCUCUUUACCCCCCAUCAAUGUCCUGAACCCAAACAGAGAAGACAAGCACCAACUAACUGCACAUCCCGGCUCACACGACGAGCGGCCUUCCCCAAAUAUGGAGGAGUGGAUGGAGCCUGCUUCGACCGGCACCUUAUUUUCGGCAGGUUCCGUCCAUUAUCUGUUUUUCGAGAAGCUAAUGAAGAUGAGAGCGGCUUUACUUGCUGUGCAUUUUCAGCCCGUGAGCGGUUCCUGAUGUUGGGGACCUGCACAGGGCAGCUGAAGCUGUACAAUGUGUUUAGUGGGCAGGAGGAGGCCAGCUACAAUUGUCACAAUUCUGCCAUAACUCACCUUGAACCAUCUCGGGACGGGUCUCUUCUUCUCACUGCUGCCACGUGGAGCCAGCCGCUCUCUGCCCUUUGGGGCAUGAAGUCAGUCUUCGACAUGAAACAUUCAUUUGCCGAGGAUCAUUAUGUGGAAUUUAGCAAACACUCGCAGGACCGGGUCAUUGGCACAAAAGAGGAUGUAGCUCACAUUUACGAUAUCCAGACGGGGCAAAAGCUGCUGACUUUGUACAACUCUGAUCUAGCCAACAACUACAAGCGCAACUGUGCAACCUUCAACCCAACAGAUGACCUAGUUUUGAACGACGGUGUCCUCUGGGACGUGCGAUCAGCUCAGGCUAUUCACAAGUUUGACAAGUUUAACAUGAACAUCAGUGGAGUUUUUCACCCCAACAGCCUUGAAGUGAUUGUGAAUACAGAGAUUUGGGACUUGCGUACUUUUCACCUUCUGCAUACGGUGCCUGCUCUGGACCAGUGUCGUGUGGUGUUCAACAGCACAGGGACAGUAAUGUAUGGAGCUAUGCUUCAGGCUGAUGACGAAGAUGAUCUCCUUGAGGAAAAAAUGAAAAGCCCAUUUGGAUCCUCCUUUAGGACGUUUAAUGCUACAGACUACAAGCCUAUCGCCACCAUUGAUGUGAAGCGUAAUAUUUUUGACCUGUGCACAGACACCAAGGAUUGUUACCUGGCUGUGAUAGAAAAUCAGGGCACCAUGGAUGCGUUAAACAUGGAUACUGUGUGCCGGCUGUAUGAGGUUGGAAGACAGAGGCUGGCAGAAGAUGAGGACGAGGACGAAGAUCAUGAUGAUGAUGAACAGGAAGAUGAGGAAGACGAUGAUGAUGACGACGAUGACUCUGAUGACCUUGGCCCCCUCCUGGAUGGAGAGUUAGAGGAGGAAGAAGAAGCGGGUGAACAAGGAGCGGAAGACGGGGAAAACGACUUCUCCCCCUCUGAUGAUGAAGAGCUGGCCAAUCUCUUGGAAGAUGAAGAGGAUGAGGGUGAUGAAGAUGCACAUGAUGAUGAUUCUGAUAUAGAUCCGGAUGUGGAGUUGAUCCUUGGAGAUUCGGACAGCUCAGACAACUCCGACCUAGAAGAUGACAUUAUCCUGGCACUGAAUGAAUAAUUUGGUUUUCUUGCAAGAUGUAAUUGUGGGACAAAUCAGUGAUGAUCAGAGCACAUAAAGGCUAGUGUUGCGUGUGCUAUGCAUUAGGAGGGGACAGUGUGAUAUUAAAGGGGACUUAACCUCUGGCAAAUUGUCUCACACUGCAAAAUUUAUUUUUUAAAUGGGAGCUGUGUGUUGCCCCCAGGAACACCAAGAUGGACACUUUCUUUGUACAAAGCUCUUAAAUAAAAAUUAGUUUUAUAAUAAAAGAUAAAAAAUAGACCAAAAAUAUUCAGUAUCGGGCCAUGCCCCUCCUCCAGCAAAGCAAUUUUUUUUUUUUUUUUUUUAAACACAUCUUGUGCUUUGAUAUUUUUUUUUUUUACACAAAUGGAUGUAAACAAUGUUUUUCUUAACUUUGGUCAGGAAAGUAUUUUUAUGAUAAAACUGUAAUAUAUUCAAUGGGAAACUUAGUUUCUUUAUGCAUUGAGUGUUUAAAACCAAGAAAGGACAGAGGAUGCCAAACAGGUUCUUCAUUUUGGAGGACUGCUCUGCGGAAAUGCUAGAUCAACAAUCUUUGAGAGGAAGGUUGUCCUGAGCCUGUAUCCACCUGCCAUUAUGUGUAUUAACUCAGUGUCAGAAUUAUUGUUUCCUGGCCUCCCUUAUGUCAGUGGUAAUGUUUUAGCUUAAGCCAAUAUUGACUCUUUUUUUUUCCUUUUAGUGACAGGAAGUGAUGCACCGGGAGCUUGUGUGGUUUUUACCUUAGGCCCCAAUUUUCUGUUGCACCCAAAGCACAAAAGUGUUUGGUUUAUGGUAUUAGUCAGGAUUCUGGCUAUUAAACCAGCACUGGAAAGACCUGAAAUAGCUCAUUUUCUAUCAGUGGCCAGCCCCCCGUCCUGGAUUGUAGCCAUGAGUUUGUGGUACUCAGCCCAUAAUUGUACAUCACACCCGCUCCCCACCAUUUCCCAACUUUGUUUUUAUGUUUUGAGUCGAAGUCACAGGUCAGAGAUUUUUCUUUUCAUGUAAAGUGUAUUUAUUUAAAAAAUAAAACAAAAAGGUCA